GGCGGAGCGAGCCAGCCCCUGGCUGAGAAGAUCUGAAAUGCGAGCGGUAAUAAGGUGGUCGUGUUCACCGCGUGGUGGGAAUCUGGAAGCCAGGAAAGAACGAGGGAAAAGGGAGCGAUGUUGAUCUCUAGAAGCACAGAUGGACCUUCCUAGCCCUUGCUGAACUACGGAGCCACUCAUAGAGCCAGAUCUUCAGCUCUGCAACUCCAGGCAACUCUGCCUCAGGACAAGGAUUGCUUUUCCAGCUCACCCUGAACAGUAUCAUUCCGUGGAGGAAGACUGUGAGACCUUGGCUGGAAGCCAGGUUGUAGCCACACAUCCGCCCCUGCCCUAGCCCAGAGCCCUGGAGCGUCAGCUGGCUGCAGAUCACAGAUACAGUGAGGAUAUGAGUGUAGGGCUGGGCAUCUCAGCCCCUCUUACCCCAACCUCAGACACAAGCAUGGGCACGUCCACCUUCUCCCUUGCGGACUAUGUGGUGUUCAUCCUGCUGCUGGUUUUCUCUCUUGCCAUUGGGCUCUACCAUGCUUUUCGUGGCUGGGGCCGGCAUACUGUCGGUGAGCUGCUGAUGGCGGACCGCAAAAUGGACUGCUUUCCGGUGGCACUGUCCCUGCUGGCCACCUUCCAGUCAGCUGUGGCCAUCCUGGGUGUGCCAUCUGAGAUCUACCGAUUUGGAACACAGUAUUGGUUCCUGGGCUGCUGCUACUUCCUGGGGCUGCUGAUACCUGCACACAUCUUCAUCCCCGUUUUCUACCGCCUGCACCUCACCAGUGCAUAUGAGUACCUGGAGCUUCGAUUCAAUAAAACUGUGCGAGUAUGUGGAACUAUGACCUUCAUCUUUCAGAUGGUAAUCUACAUGGGGGUUGUGCUCUAUGCUCCAUCCCUGGCUCUUAAUGCAGUGACUGGCUUUGAUCUGUGGCUGUCAGUACUGACCCUAGGCAUUGUCUGUACCAUCUAUACUUCUCUGGGUGGACUGAAGGCUGUUAUCUGGACAGAUGUGUUCCAGACACUGGUCAUGUUCUUUGGGCAGCUGGCAGUUAUCAUUGUGGGGUCGGCCAAGGUGGGCGGCCUCGGGCAUGUGUGGGCUGUAGCUUCUCAGCACGGCCGCAUCUCUGGGAUCGAGCUGGAUCCGGACCCCUUUGUGCGGCACACCUUCUGGACCUUGGCCUUUGGGGGUGUCUUCAUGAUGCUCUCCUUGUAUGGGGUGAACCAGGCUCAGGUACAGCGGUACCUCAGUUCACGCACGGAGAAGGCUGCUGUGCUCUCCUGUUACGCAGUGUUCCCCUGCCAGCAGGUGGCCCUCUGCAUGGGCUGCCUUAUUGGCCUGGUCAUGUUCGUGUAUUACCAGGAGCAUCCCAUGAGCAUUCAGCAGGCUCAGGCAGCCCCAGACCAGUUCGUCCUGUACUUUGUGAUGGAUCUCCUGAAGGGCCUGCCUGGCCUGCCGGGGCUCUUUGUUGCCUGCCUCUUCAGCGGCUCCCUCAGCACUAUAUCCUCUGCUUUUAAUUCUUUGGCAACUGUGACAAUGGAAGACCUGAUUCGACCCUGGUUCCCUGAGUUUGCUGAAGCCCGGCCCAUCAUGCUUUCCAGAGGCCUUGCCUUUGGCUAUGGGCUACUUUGUCUGGGAAUGGUCUAUAUUUCCUCCCAGAUGGGACCUGUGCUGCAGGCAGCAAUAAGCAUCUUUGGCAUGAUUGGAGGGCCACUGCUGGGACUCUUCUGCCUUGGGAUGUUCUUUCCUUGUGCCAACCCUCCUGGUGCUGUUGUGGGCCUGUUGGCUGGACUUGUCAUGGCCUUCUGGAUUGGCAUCGGGAGCAUCGUGAUCAGCAUGGGCUCCCACAUAUCACUCCCUCCCACUAAUGGGUCUAGCUUCUCCCUGCCCAGCAAUCUAACCGUUGCCACUGUGACCACACUGAUGCCCUCGACUACCCUCUCCAAGCCCACAGGGCUGCGGCGGCUCUAUUCCCUGUCCUACCUGUGGUACAGCGCUCACAACUCCACCACAGUCAUUGUGGUGGGCCUGAUUGUCAGUCUGCUCACCGGAGGAAUGCGGGGCCGGUCCCUGAACCCUGCGACCAUUUACCCAGUAUGGCCGAAGCUCCGGGCCCUCCUGCCCUUGUCCUGUCAGAAGCGGCUCCACUGUGGGAGCUACAGCCAGAACCACCUCAUAGAUGGUGAGCUGUUUUCCAAGAAGCUGAGGAAUGGUGUGCUGGGGGACAGCAGAGACAAGGAGGCCAUGGCCCUGGAUGGCACUGCCCCUCAGGGGAACAACCCCACCUGCGUCCUCCAUGAGACCUCCCUGUGAUGUUGACUCAGGACCCCGCCUCUGUCCUCACUGUGCCAGGCCGUAGCCAGAGGUCACCCUGUAGUACAGUGAUGAGUCUUGGUGUGUUCUGCAGGGACAGGCCUGGAUGACCUAGCUCAUACCAAAAGACCUUGUUCUUAGAGGUUCUCGCCGGCAGUAGAAGCUGUUACAUCUCAAGCAUGUGAGGCACUGUUUCCCUCCUCGCCUGCCAAUCUGUUUUCUAAAGGACCAGGCUUGGAGGGAGCAGGAUCAUGUCAGAAAUAAGGAUAGAAGUGCAUCCUCUGGGGAAAAGAUAAUGGCUUCUGAUUCAACAUAGCCAGAGUUCUUUGAAAUGGCUAGAAACAGUACUCCUGUCAUAACUGCCCCAGGGCCCAAUUCAAGACUAACCGUCUCCACUGUGAAACUGGAAGCUGCGUCCCCUGUAGUCCACAUCUCAGCACCAGUUCUGCCAGCCACAGUGGGCCCCUGUGAUUACUUUCAGAUAGCCUGUGACACUCAAGCCCCUCUCAUUCUUAUCUGUCUACCUCUUGUGAAGAGGGAGGUUUUGGUGUCCCUGGGUCUCUGGAAAUAGAAGAUCCAUUUGUCUCCUUUGUGUAGAGCAGGCAAGUUUUCUGCCUCACUGCCUCCAUCCUCCACCUCUGAGAUGGACACUUAGAGACGAGGUAAAUGUGGAUCCCAGAAACCAGGGCCAUGACUGGGUCCACUGUAGAACAGCCGUCUAUUUACCCGACUCCUGGGCCAGGCCACUAUGGUGUCAUUUCUGUCAUCUCUGCCUGGUUUCCUUUUGGAGUUUCUUCCCCACAUAUUGUUCCUGAGGAAUAAAAACUACCAUUGGACCUA